UGAGUUCUGAGAAAAGCUCUUGCAACAUUUAUUUGCAGAUGAAACUUAAUAUUUUAUUAACCCAUGCAAUGACAUCCAUGCUCUUUUGUGUGUUUUUGGGACUGCUGCACUUUGUAUCUUAAUGCAUCAAUCAACUGUACAUUAUUCAACUUUUGCAGCUCAACCUGCCUUGACAGACUUCAUAUAUAACUGCAUUCAUAGUUACAGAAUCAUGCACAAUCCAGGCAAAGUCAUCUAAUGUGAGGAGAGGGAGUAGAUGAUCAGAUGAGCGGUGGUGUUUGUUAGGUGAGGGGUUUUGCAUCUGAAUGUGGAGGGUUGAGGAGGUGGGAGCUUUCCUCCAGCUCGGAGUCGUAUUUCAGUGUUUGAGCGAGUCUGGACGAACUGAGACUGCCUUUGUUCACGUGGAGCUGCUGGAUCCCGGUGGGUGUGCAGGAGGAGAAGAGUCUCUCUGACGGAGCGAGCGAGCGCUGCACCUUCUCCAGCGAGCGACAUGGAGCGACACUGCGAUUCGCCGCUCAGCAGAGUCUGGUGCUGGAGUUUCAUUGCUGUGUGCAUCAUCUGUUCUUCUGGGUCUGCCGUCCAGCACUUUGAGUCAGAGCGGGACUCGAGCGGUCAGCUGGACCUCACCGAGCUCAUCGGUGUUCCUCUGCCACCGUCGGUGUCCUUCAUCACGGGCUUCGAGGGCUUCCCGGCGUACAGCUUCGGUCCGGACGCGAACGUGGGCCGCCUGACGCGCUCCUUCAUCCCCGACCCGUUCUACCGCGACUUCGGCAUCGUGGUGACGGCCAAACCCGGCACGCGGCGCGGAGGAGUGCUGUUCGCCAUCACGGACGCGCUGCAGAAGAUCGUCCAUCUGGGAGUGGCGCUGGCGCCGGUGGAGGACGGGUCUCAGCGCGUGGUUCUAUAUUACACCGAACCCGGAGCCGCGCGCACGCAGGAGGCGGCUUCGUUCAAGAUGGGCGACCUGACGGGCCGAUGGGCGCGCUUCACGCUGGCCGUGCAGGGGGAGGAGGUGCGGCUGUACAUGGACUGUGAGGAGCACCACCGCGUGGCCUUCAGCAGGAGUCCGGACGGACUCACCUUCCAGCCCAGCUCCGGCAUCUUCAUAGGGAAUGCCGGAGGAACCAGGCUGGAGCGCUUUGUGGGCUCGAUCCAGCAGCUGCUGCUGACGCCGGAUCCCAGAGCUCCCAAUGAACAGUGUGAGGAGGACGAUCCUUACGCGUCCGGUUACGGCAGCGGUGACGACAUCUACGAUGACACAGAGACUCUGGACGAGGUCAAGAAAGUGGUUGAGGAGAGAGAAUAUACGCCGCCGGAGGAUGUAGAGUCUGGUCCCAUGAGAGCGCCACCUACUGAAUCUCCCUCAUUCAGCACUGAGACAGACGAUGAGGACCUGGAGGAAGGAUCUGGAGAGGACAUCGUCAUCAUCAGCAGCCCGAAAGAGCCGAUCAGAUCAGAAGGAGCUUCUCAAGACAGAAAUGUUAUUACUAUGCAGAAGGGAGAGAAAGGAGAGCGAGGUCCACAAGGCCCUCCGGGACCCGCCGGACCCUCCGCUCCACACACACCGGGAGAACCAGGACCCCGGGGCCCACAGGGACCAGCAGGACCGCCUGGAGAACCAGGACAAGACGGCCAGGCUGGUGAAUCAGGGAAAGAUGGAUCUCCGGGAGAGGUUGGACCUCCGGGAUUCCCGGGCCUUCCUGGAAGUCCGGGUCCCAAAGGUGACAAGGGUGAUCCUGGAGUGGGCGUCCCGGGGCUGCCUGGACCUCCCGGACCGCCAGGACGUCCAGGGACGUACAAGUAUCCGGACGGCAUCGACGGCUCCGGCUCGAGCUACGUGGAUCUGGACAGCGACACAGAGCUGAUACGGGGUCCUCGGGGGCCGCCGGGGCCACCGGGACGUCCGGGACCACCGGGCCCUUCUGUUGGAGCUCAUCCAGGGCCGAUCGGGCCUCCAGGAGUUCCUGGAAAAGUCGGGGAGACGGGAAAACCUGGACUCCCGGUGAUUGAGGACUCGUUUAGUGGCUCUGGAAUUGAGCUGGACUCAGAUGAGGGUGAAAAUGGGCGAGAUGGUCAACCAGGCAAAGAAGGAGAAAGAGGCCAGAAAGGUGAACCGGGUGAACCUGGAAUCACAGGAGCAAAGGGCGAUCCAGGCCAGCCGGGGCUUCCGGGACAGACGGGGGCUGAGGGCCCCAGGGGUCAGCCAGGCCCUCCGGGACCUCCCGGACCUCCAGGAAAAGGCUUCAGCUUUGACAUGAUGGAUUUGGAGGGGUCGGGUCUGGAUGGAAGCAGUGGUUUUAGACCUGUUCUGCCCAGAGGACCACCUGGUCUUCCUGGUCUCCCAGGACCUCCAGGACCACAGGGCAAAGAAGGAGCCGUCGGCCCUCCUGGAGUUUCAGUGAAGGGGCAGCCGGGCGCUAAAGGAGACGAUGGACAGCCUGGGGCACAUGGACAGCCUGGGCGACAAGGGGAAAGGGGAGAGAAAGGUGAUAUGGGUCAGAAGGGUGAAAGAGGUCUGGACGGAAUCAGUUUACCUGGACCUCCAGGGCCUCCCGGACCUCCCGGACCAGUCAUCAACCUACAUGAGUUAAUGCUGAAUGACACUGAUGGAAUCUUUAACAUCUCAGGAAUUUUUGAACCACAAGGACCAUUGGGACCCAGGGGACCGAAGGGUGAUACCGGGGCCCCGGGGCUUCAGGGCCCUCCAGGAUUAAAGGGUCAGAAGGGGGAGCCGGGGAUCCUGUCUGGAGUUCAUGCGCCGCAGGGACCGAAAGGACUGAAGGGAGAUCGUGGCGUUCCUGGACCUCCUGGUCAAGAGGGCCCCAUCGGACCAGCUGGACCAAAGGGGGAGUUUGGAUUUCCAGGACGUCCGGGUCGUCCAGGAAUGCACGGGCAUAAGGGUGAAAAGGGAGAUUCUGUUGGUUUACCUGGUCCACCGGGACCACCCGGGCCUCCAGGACGACCAGGAAUCUUCAACUGUCCUAAAGGAACGGUGUUUCCAAUCCCUCCUCGACCCGGCUGUAAAAAGCUCGUUUACAGUGAUUCCACACAAGAGGGCGCCAGGAGCUCAUCAUCUGACUCUUCAUCAACAUCCUCCUCUGGAAACACACUGGGAACCAAAAUCACGGCUGUUAAAGGAGAUGAGGGAUUCAGAGGAGAGAAAGGAGAAGCCGGGAUGCCAGGGCUGCCAGGGAGAUCAGGUUUAGCGGGUCCUAAAGGAGAAUCCAUUGUUGGACCUCCUGGUCAUCCAGGACCACGAGGACCCUCCGGCACACCAGGUAUCGGGAGAACCGGCGUCGCUGGACCUCCUGGACCGCCGGGACCUCCCGGACCUCCUGGACAACACGGAUCUGGCGUGAUGAUCCCUGGCCCUCCUGGACCCCCCGGGCCCCCGGGACGAGCCGCGGAGGCCUCCAGCGCCGUCAGGAAGUAUGCGAGUCUGCAGGCCAUGAGACAGCAGUCGUCUGUGGAUGAGGUCGGGACGCUGUGUUUCGUCAUUGACUCUAGUAAAGUCUAUAUAAAGGUUCCAGGAGGCUGGAGAGAGAUUCAGCUCGGCGGGCUGGUCGAGAUGUAUUCAUCCACCCUCCUCUCACAGGAUGAUGCUGAACCUCUGAUGCUGACCCCACAACUCACUCACACACCCAGAAUACACACCGGAAACGCACUGCGGUUGGUGGCUCUCAACUCACCGUUGACGGGAAACUUGGGCUCCAUCUAUUCGGUUAAUAAACUCUGCAGGACUCAAGCUCAAGCCAUGGGCAUCAGAGACGAUUACAAGGCCUUCCUCUCACACCACCUACAGGACCUGAUUGACAUCGUGCAGCCCAUGUACCGAACAAACAUGCCGAUCGUCAACCUGAGGGGUGAGGUCCUGUUCAAGAACUGGGACAGCAUCUUCUCCAAUCAUCUCCUCCCUGCCGGCGUCCCGCUGUACUCGUUCGACGGGCGGGACGUGAUGAGCGACCCCUUCUGGCCUCAGAAGGCUGUAUGGCACGGCUCUUCGGAGAGGGGCAAGCGUCUGGCCGCUCUGAACUGCGAGUCGUGGAGAGUGGGUGACAUGGCCAUCACCGGUCAAGCGUCGUUCCUCUACAGCGGCUUACUGAACCAGCAAACGCGCAGCUGCUCCAACCACUUCAUCGUCCUGUGCAUCGAGACCAGCCACGACCACACGACCGUCCAUGAGCUGCAGAAGGCACAGUACCGCCACAGACGAUAUUAUCACAGAUACUGAAACCUCGUCGUCUGACCUCUGUUUGUCGGGACAGGACGACAUGGAGGAAAAGCCCCGUGACCAAUCGAUCUCAGGCUUUGGCCAAGAACUUUAAGACAGCCGAAGCCAUCGCUCUAGAAUGUAAAGCGCAUUGGCCGACGGAGAGGUCGGCUUUCUUUAUGUCAUUUGGAUGCACUGUACUUUUUCAUUUUUUGGUGUUGAUUUAAAAAAAAAAAAGCCUUUUUUGAUCACGUCAUUUAUUUGUUUCUUAUUCUGUUUGUAUUUAAUUUAAUUCCAAUGUUUUAUUUAUACAGUGACCGCACAUCGUUCAAAAAUUGAGUAUGGAUAAAUAUGUAAUUUAACUGUUGCAAUUGUUUGUUUUUGUUUUUGGAUACUGCAUCCGUUUCACUGAGAUCACCAUCAAAUGAGUUUCUGACAGAUUUUUUUAAAGCAAAUCAAUUGAAGCAGUGUUUGUCUGUUAAAUAAAACAUUUUUUCCAAA